UUUCGAUUCUGACCCUCUUCUCCAGUCUGUUUGAUACAGCGUUCGAGAGCCAUCACCAUGCGAGGAGAGAUCUGCCACCUCCACAUCGGCCAGGCCGGUGUCCAGCUCGGUAACAGUGCCUGGGAACUAUACCUGCUGGAGCAUGGCUUGAAGGCCGAUGGACGUCCCGACCCGGACGCAACGGAUCUUGCUGAGGGAGGGUCGUACGAAACCUUCUUCACGGAGACCGGCAGCGGGAAAUACGUGCCGCGCUCCAUCUUCGUCGACCUCGACCCCUCUCCCGUUGACGAGAUCCGCACCGGCAACUAUCGUCAACUGUUCCAUCCCGAGCUCUUGAUCAGCGGCAAGGAGGAUGCUGCCAAUAACUAUGCCCGCGGCCACUACACUAUUGGCAAGGAGAUGGUUGACAGCGUCAUUGACCGCAUCCGACGCGUUGCUGACAACUGCUCCUCGCUCCAAGGCUUCCUCAUCUUCCAUUCGUUCGGUGGUGGAACCGGAUCUGGAUUCGGAGCUCUGCUCCUUGAGCGUCUCUCUACCGACUAUGGCAAGAAGUGCAAGCUCGAGUUUGCGGUGUACCCUGCUCCCCGCGUCUCUACGUCCGUCGUCGAGCCGUACAACGCUGUCCUCUCUACCCACAGCACCAUCGAGAACUCCGACUGCACCUUCCUCGUGGACAACGAAGCCGUGUACGAUAUCUGCCGUCGCAGCCUGGAUAUUCCUCGCCCCAACUAUGAGCACCUCAACCGUCUGAUUGCUCAGGUUGUCAGCUCCAUUACGUCCAGCCUGCGAUUCGAUGGCGCUCUAAAUGUGGACUUGAACGAGUUCCAGACUAACCUCGUCCCAUACCCACGUAUCCACUAUCCUCUCAUUAGCUACGCACCCGUCAUCUCGGCCAAGAAGAGCUCGCACGAGAGCUUCAAGGUCUCCGACUUGACGUUCCAGUGCUUCGAACCGAACAACCAGAUGGUGGUCUGCGAUCCGCGCAACGGCAAGUACAUGGCCGUCGCUCUCCUGUACCGCGGCGAUAUUGUUCCUCGGGACUGCACGGCUGCGGCUGGAGCGCUCAAGGCGAAGGCCUCUUUCAACCUGGUCGAGUGGUGCCCUACUGGCUUCAAGCUCGGCAUCAACUACACCAAGCCCAUCAGCCCUCCCGGAAGCGAGCUUGCCGCCGUCGACCGAAGCGUUUCCAUGCUCAGCAAUACCACUGCCAUCGCUGAGGCUUGGUCUCGCCUUGACCACAAGUUCGAUCUCAUGUACUCCAAGCGUGCAUUCGUCCACUGGUACGUCGGCGAGGGUAUGGAAGAAGGCGAGUUCUCUGAGGCUCGUGAGGAUCUUGCUGCGUUAGAGAAGGAUUACGAGGAGGUUGCGAGCGACUCGAUUGAUGAGGGCGUCGAGGAGGGCGAGUACUAAGCGAUAUACCCUCGGCGCGAAGCAGGCUCGGGGGC